UUUUUCUGCAAAUUUGUACAGGUGAUGUGCGUGUUGUUGCGUUCGCCACAGUGAGCUCUGUGUGAAAUGUUCAUUACGCGGUCUUGAUUUCACUAUCAAGAAAAUUGGAGAAGCUUUAUUCAUUGAACGGUUUUUAUACACUCCAGGCGACAGAACCUUGAGCUCAGGGUUUCUUCAGGUAUGUCGCUGAAUGGAGAUUGUAAUGGUGAAGUGACGCCGCCGGAUUUAGAUCAAGAGCCGUUGGUGUCAUGUUGUCGGCAUUGUAAAGAAGCGGCGACAAAGCCGUACGUCGAAGGAGCAGCAGCCCCGCGAACAACGAUUGUCAUCGGUACCAGCGAGGGCUAUGUUUUGCAAGUGCCCAUGUACCCUCUUAUUAAACACAGUGCGGUGAUCCGCGAUCUUCUAUACGACUAUUGCAAAAACUCGCAAAGAACGGAUCCGGUUUUGAGACUGAAACCCGAGUUCGACGCUGCCACGCUGACCCGCGUAGUGGAGUGGUGCAAUCAUCACGGCGAUGUCGAUCUGUCGCAACCAUUUGAGGACAUGUGUGAAUGGGACUUGGAAUUCUUGAAGAUUGAUAUCAAAUCCCUCAUGGAUUUGGUGAAGGCAUCCUACUAUCUGGAAAUCGAUGGUCUGGGAGAUUUAUCCUGUCAUGGGCUCGCUCAGGUGAUGGGGGGUAAAAAUCCGGAACAACUGCGGGAUAUGUUUCAUCGCGCCAAUUUGCACGGUGAUGAUUGGUACGACCAGCAGUCAGACUGUUCCACUGACGCAGUGGCUGGAGACGAAGCGUCGGAGACACCGUGACGAAUUUCGCGUCCCCGCAGGAAAACCUCCGAUCCCCCGAUCCGAUUUCAUCAGAGCGGGAAGCGGUCCGCCUUGACGGAAUUAUUUUGUGAUGAUUGAGAAUUUUUUUCUGAUUGUGGUUGAAUGUGGCAAUGGUGUAUGGAGUUCAGGUGCAUGUUCUUCGCGGAGUCAUAAUCGAGAAUACGCUGCUGUGGCGUGAAAAAUUCCCGGUUUUGAGCUGAUUUUCCGGCGGUUUUUUUUUUUCGUGUUGGGAACUGAUGCAAACUGAUACCAAUAUCAACGAAAAGGCGCCUACGUUUAGAUGCUUGUUUUAAGGUACCCUGGAAUAAAAGUGUUCCCUUCGUGAAUAACUCGCGAU